UGGCGGCAGCCGGGCGGCCGCGUCCAAAGAUGGCCACGGCAGAAGCGGCCGACACUCAGCUGAUGCUCGGAGUGGGGCUGAUCGAAAAGGACACAAAUGGAGAAGUCCUCUGGGUGUGGUGUUACCCCCGCACCACAGCCGCCCUCAGGAGCCUGCUGCUCAGAAAAUGCUGCCUUACGCAGGAAAACGCGCUUCUGCACCCUUUUGUCUUUGGUCAGUACAGAAGGACCUGGUUUUACAUCACGACGGUUGAAGUUCCAGAUUCCUCAGUUCUGAAAAAGGUGACUCAUUUUUCUAUUGUUCUGACCGCCAAAGAUUUUAACCCAGAGAAAUAUGCCGCCUUCACUAGGAUAUUGUGUAGAAUGUACCUGAAGCAUGGGAGCCCAGUGAAGAUGAUGGAGAGCUACAUCGCAGUUCUCACAAAGGGGGUGUGCCAGAGUGAGGAAAACGGCUCCUUCCUCAGUAAGGACUUUGAUGCCCGAAAGGCCUACCUUGCAGGCUCCAUCAAAGACAUUGUAUCUCAGUUUGGAAUGGAAACUAUAAUCUUACACACUGCGCUGAUGCUCAAGAAGAGAAUCGUCGCCUAUCAUCCCAAAGUAGAAGCUGUCCAGGAGUUCACCAGGACUCUGCCUGCCCUGGUGUGGCAUCGCCAGGACUGGUCCAUCCUCCAUUCCUACGUACACCUCAAUGCCGAUGAACUGGACGCCUUGCAGACAUGCACAGGCUACGUGGCUGGGUUUGUGGACGUGGAGGUGAGCCACAGAGUGGGCCUCUACGACGUGUUUGUGAAUCUGGCCGAGAGUGAGAUCACCAUUGCCCCGCCCGCGAAAGAGGCCAUGGCAAUGGGAAAACUGCACAAAGAAAUUGGUCAGCUAAUUGUCCAGUCUGCAGAAGAUCCAGAGAAGUCCGACAGUCAGGUUAUACAGGAUAUCGCCCUAAAGACAAAAGAAGUCUUGAGCAGCCUGGCCCCGCUCUCCGAGGUUUCGGGUGCCGGAGGGAAGCUGGUCCUCCGCGUCGAGGCGCUGAAGCAGAAGCGGUUCCCGCCGGCCACAGAGAACUUUCUGUACCACCUGGCAGCGGCCGAACGGAUGCUGCAAACCUGACGCAGACAGCGUCCCUGCGGCCGGACCACUGCCCGCGUCCACUCUCAUCACCAGGAACUAUGGGAAAUAACAGAGCAAAUGAUCUAUUUUUAAUGAUUUACUUGCAAGUUUGAGAUUUGACCUGAAAACACUGAAACUCAUGAAUGUGUUUGUGAUUGUUCCCCGCCGAUCCGCUCCCUGCCUGCUGUCAGAGGCGGACGAGGUGCCGUAACUACUACACCUGACAUCCAAAAGCGGCCCCGUGCCGCAGACGCGGGCGGAAGCCUCUGCUGUCGCGUGAGCCCCGCUACCAGCACUGUUGCGAGCGAAGGUCAGCGGAGCCCCCUGCAGGUGCACCUUCCUGUUCUUGGCCUCUGAACACUUCAGCUUGUGAGGGUUUUGCAUCGGGUUUAUUCUCGGGUAGCCAACUUCCGUAAUCCGUAUUUUCAUGGCCACGGAAGCCUCUGACAGCGUAAGGUGUUACUGCUCUAACCCUGUAUUCUCUGAAGACUGGGGUCCUCCAUGGUAGCAGAAGCAGCAGUGAGCAGUGUUUUCCUGCCAUCGGUAGAGAGUGGGAGGAUCCACAUUUUCAGGCCACACCAGAGAAUGUCUCGAAGCCACCACAUAGCAAGCUAACCGCUCCUGUUCUGUCGGGUUCCUUCUCAUAGUCGGAGACCUUAAACUUGCCAAGGGAGCAGAGGUGUGAUUCCCCACGCGUCAUUUCCGUCCCUGUGUCGUUAAUGAGGAAAGGUGACUUUCACUCAGGACUGUGUCCUUCGAAAUCUUACCGGGAAACACGCGUGCAAAAAUGUCUUUAUUGGAUCUGUCACUUUAAUUGAGAGUGUUGGGCAUUGGUUAAAAAAAAUAAUAGCCUUUUCUCCAUCCCUCUUUGGGUGGGAACAGGGGAGGACCUGAAGUGAGACGCUGACUGAGGCCGACAGUGGGAUAUUGAACCUGCACUUUAUGGAAACGAAUACUAACAUUUUCACCCUCAUUUUUUGACACAUUAGCGAACAAAGUUGUUAAAAUUAUAAAUUCAUGUUGUAGAAAUAAAAUGGAAAAUAUUUUGA